AUGUGCUCCUCCCGCCGACGCCUCCCCGAAGAUGCCCGGGGCAUCUGGUACGAGCUGACCGAUCGAGUGGCCUAUCUGCCGUGUGGUCUGCUCCACGGAACGGUCAAAUAUCGCGCCUGCUUCCAUGAUACUCCUCAGGGCCUUCGAACUCACAUCUUCGCGCCGAUGGGGGUCCACAUUCGCAACAAUUGGACGGUGCGCCGCCAAUCUGGAGAGGCCAAUGACGGUCGCAUCCACGGGGACUCGGAUGAGUUGUACCUACAUGAGGAUGUUGAGCUUCGAUGUCCCCUGGGCAUGACCACUUUUAUCCGUCGAACCCUCGCCCAGGCGCACCGGGAAUUGGUGCUGCGGUUGGGAGCGGCCGGUCGGGGAUGA